AUGAACAACAAUACCACCAGGAGAGCUAGAGUCCCUAGCCCUAUCAAGAGGGAAAAGCGAUCAAGGAAGAGACACCACUCCGCUGAUCGCUCUCGUUCACCAAUUAGCCUUUCACCCAUUGUUGAUGUGAAAUGGCAUGAAAGAGUUAAUUUAUUCGUCGAGACAGAACGACAAAAGCGGCAAUUUCAUAAAGAAUUGGACCAGAAGCAACUGCUUAAUUGUAUUAAGAGCAGUUGCAGGAAGCUUGUGCAUUAUUGUGGAUUGACGGUUAAUCAUGGAGGAGCUCCUCUUAAUGAACAGGGAGGAAAUAUGCCUCAGCAAGAGCAACAACAACAACAGAACAAUAAUCAACAACUCUAUAACGUCCGCCGAUUCCCGAAAAAUUUUAAAUUGCGUAAAGAAGAUUUAUGUGUAGCGUGUAUGGAGCGUCCACCCGUAACUCUUCAUCUGUGUGGUCACGUCACCUUCUGUUUCUGGUGCACGGAGAAAGCGAUGACUGACCACCGAAACAGUAUUCUGCAUGCUAUUCCAGGGCAAUCAGUACAACCGAUAACGUGUGCAAUUUGCAGAAAUCAGAGUUCAUUUCGAAGAAUUACACGUUUUUAAUGUUUUUUUUAUUAUUAAUUUUUAAUGCUCCUCUUAUUUUUACUCCUCCCAAAUGCUCCU